UCUUUUUUAUUUGCGUCUCCCUCAACUGUACGGAGUAACUUACUUUCUCUGUGGAAUCUGGAUAUUUAGAUCAAACACAAACGGCAAAGGGUCGCCAUGGACGAUCCGAACAAUGAUCAUCUGGUACAAUCCAAUGACCCUGAGCACCCAGCGAACUUGAUUCCUAGGCUAUGCAAACAAUUCUAUACUCUCGGUAAGAUGGUGGUAGGUGUUUGUGGUCUGUCGCAAACUGACUCCUCCAAGGAUGGGUCACUGGAACUGGAGGAGGCACCAGCAUCCGCAAGGAUGACCAUGUCUUUAUUGCACCAUCUGGAGUUCAGAAAGAGCUUAUGAAACCAGAAAACAUCUUUGUCCUCUCUUAUCCAACUCCAAAAUAUCCACCGUCUGCACGCCAAUAUAUCCGAAAGCCCCUUGAUCUGAAGCCUUCCGCAUGUACACCACUCUUUCUUGCGGCUUUUGAGCGUGGUGCGGGCUGCUGUAUCCAUACUCACUCUCAAUGGGCUGUUCUCGUCACUUUGCUUGUCGAGAAGAUGUUAGGGAAUGACGCAUGCUUUGAAAUCAGCAACAUCGAACAGAUAAAGGGCGUCCCCAAGGGACCAGGGAAAGGCAUGCUCGGCUUUCAUGACACUCUUAGCAUCCCUAUCAUCGAGAAUACGCCUUUCGAGGAGGAUUUGACGGAACAUCUCGAGAAGGCUAUGGAGCAACAUCCAGACGCGUGUGCCGUUCUUGUUCGGCGGCAUGGAAUUUAUGUUUGGGGCGAUACCGUGGCUAAAGCCAAAACCCAGUGCGAAAGCCUAGACUAUCUCUUUCAACUGGCUGUCGAAAUGCACAAACUCGGACUGCCUUGGACAUGAUACAUUUAUCUGCAAGCCGGUGAGGGCAUAUGUCAAUCUAUAGGCGGUCAGACACUCUUGCAGGCAUUUAGGUUUGCUCGAUGAGUUUGAAGUUCCAACAGCUGUCGAAGAUGCGGGACUCUAGAAGACAUAAUUUGGUCAGGACUAUAUCAUGCCGUCCUCUGUGGCUAUUGUGGCCGACUUCUUGCUGUGGAUUAGACGACGCUUUGAAAGUUCUCAUGUCGUGAACAUAGAAGGUGUGACAGAGGAUUAUAUUGAAAGGCUUUGAGAUACUCCCAUAUCAUUCGCUCUAUAGAAAAGGCAUGCCAAUAAGAAUCCAACGUCCU